CAAGAUCCUCAAGUCUAGGGGGGAUUUUCCCAGAACUCCAGCUCCAGCUCUCGAACUUCGGCAUUGUUCUGCCGCUCCGCCGCUUUUGAGACACCGCGAAGAUCGUCUCCAUGGACUCGCCAGUGAGAGAGUCCCGCGAGACGGCUUUGGUGCAGCAGGAGACGCCCACGAAGAUGAAUGAGGCCGAGCUGAAACGAGAUCGCGGGAGCCAGCGCGCAGUGCUGCGGAAGCUUUGGAAGAUCUAUGCCGAGACCGUGUUGCCGCUGGAGCAGCAGUCCUUCUACGACCACUUCGGAGCUCCGCCCAUCUCGCUGGAGGAGUUCGAAGCGCGGCCGCAGGUCUUGCUGCUUGGCCAGUACAGCACCGGAAAAACGUCCAUGGUCCAGUGGCUCACGGGUACCGUGAGCAACCACUUCGACGUACGGCCGCAGCCCAGCACGGACAAGUUCAUGGCCUGUGUGCAUGGGGAUGAGGAGUGCAUCAUCCACGGCAAUGCCGCGGCAUGUCUUCCUCAGUUGCCUUACCAGGGCCUCUCCAAGUUUGGCGCUGACUUCCUCGGCAGCUUCCAGGCCUUGGUGCUUCCCUCCGAGAUCCUCCGGGACAUCACCUUCAUCGACACUCCCGGGGUCCUCUCCGGUAGCAAGCAACGCAUUGGCCGCGACUACGACUUCGCGAAGAUCAGCGCAUGGAUGGCGGAGCGGGCUGACCUCGUUUUGCUCGCGUUCGAUGCUCAUAAGCUGGACAUCUCUGACGAGUUUCAGCAGGUCAUGGAGGUCUUGAGACCUCAUGCGAACAAAGUGCGUUGCGUCCUGAACAAGGCGGACCAGAUCGAUGCGGCCAAUUUGGUGCGCGUCUACGGCGCUUUGCUGUGGAACGUCGGCAAGGUCUUUCAGACCCCAGAGGUGGCGCGCGUCUUCGUGAGUUCCUUUUGGAAUGAGCCCUAUCGCUUCAAGGACCACGUGACUUUGUUCGAAGAGGAUAAAGCCGCAGUCCUCAAGGAGUUGGAGUCGUUGCCGCACACGGCCCUGUUGCGGAAGAUCAACAAUCUCACGGCUCGUGUCCGACGGGUGCGAACCCAUGUCACGGUCAUCGGCUACCUGCGCUCCAGGAUUCCACUCCACCUGCGAGCGCUGAAUGCGGAUAGCGCCAUUCGGAGCUGGCUUUGUGGUGGUGGAAAUCUGGAGACUUUGCUCAGCGAGGCCCAAAGAGUUCACAACCUCUCAGCGGGCGACAUGCCCAAAGUGGAGGUGCUUCGGAAGAAACUGAUGGACUUCGAAGGCCUUCUGCGGCUGCCCACGUUGGACGUGGCAGAGAUACGGCGGUUGGAUGCUGUGCUGGAGAAGGAGGUGCCAUCGCUCCUCUCCGGGGUCGGCGGAGUCACCCUGUCGAAGGAGAGUCUGAAACUGCCAGACCCCGUGCCACGGUCCAGCUUGGCCUCCUUCUUCAGUUUCGGCGCCAAGCGCCGGAGGACGGAGGGAGUUUGAGCGAGCGCCGUUCGCUCCUGUGGUGGUCGGUUCUUCACGCGAUGUUGAAUCAGCUGAGCAAAGAAUGGGUCAGCCGUGGGGAAGACUGAGGA